CGGCCCGGGGCGCCGCGUGGGGUGCAGCGCGCGUGGGGCCAGACAUGGGCAGCCGCGUGCGAGCGCGCAGGGCGGCCGCGGGGCUCGGCUGCUUCGGGCUGCUGCUGGCCGCGCUGGGCGGCGUGAUGAUCGCGUUCGUGCCGUCGCUCAUCAAGCAGCAGAUCCUCAAGAAUGUGCGCAUCGACCCGAACAGCCUGUCCUUCGGGAUGUGGAAGGAGAUCCCCGUCCCCUUCUACAUGUCCGUCUACUUCUUCAACGUCCUCAACCCCCAGGAGGUCCUGCAGGGCCAGAAGCCGUCGGUGCAGGAGAUGGGCCCCUAUGUGUACCGGGAGUUCCGGCACAAGAUCAACAUCACUUUCAACGACAACGACACCGUGUCCUUCCUGGAGCACCGCAGCUUUCAGUUCCAACCUGAGCGGUCCCGCGGCUCUGAGGAUGACUACGUAGUCAUGCCCAACAUCCUGGUCAAUAGUGCCGCAGCCAUGAUGGAGGACAAGCCCAUGGGCCUAAAGCUGAUGAUGACUCUGGCCUUCAGCUCCAUGCAGGAGCAUGCUUUCAUGAACCGUACCGUCCGGGACAUCAUGUGGGGUUACGACGACCCCCUGGUGAAUCUUAUCAACAAGUACUUCCCCGGCGUGCUCCCCUUUAAGGGCAAAUUCGGGCUCUUCUCCGAGCUCAACAACUCCGACUCGGGGCUCUUCACCGUGUUCACGGGGGUACAGGACUUCAGCAGAAUUCACCUGGUGGACAAGUGGAAUGGGCUAAGUAAGGUGAAUUACUGGCACUCAGAUCAGUGUAACAUGAUCAAUGGGACAUCUGGGCAGAUGUGGGCCCCCUUCAUGACCCCCGAGUCCUCGCUGGAGUUCUAUAGCCCCGAAGCCUGCAGGUCCAUGAAGCUCAUCUUCAAGGAGCGGGGCCAUUUCGAGGGGAUCCCCACCUACCGCUUUGUGGCCCCCAAGACCCUGUUCGCCAACGGCUCCGUGUACCCGCCCAACGAGGGCUUCUGCCCCUGCCGGCAGUCAGGCAUCCAGAACGUCAGUGCCUGCCGCUUUAGUGCCCCUUUAUUCCUCUCGCACCCCCAUUUCUACAAUGCCGACCCGGUGCUGGCAGAGUCCGUGAUUGGCUUGCAUCCAAAUGAAGAGGAACAUUCCUUGUUUCUGGACAUCCACCCGGUCACGGGGAUCCCCAUGAACUGCUCGGUGAAGCUGCAGCUGAGUCUCUUCAUGAAGGAGGUUCGAGGUAUCGGACAAACAGGGAAGAUCAAGCCAGUGGUCCUGCCGUUGAUGUGGUUUGGCGAGAGCGGGGCCAUGGAGGGGACCCCCCUUCGGACCUUCUACCGGCAGCUGGUACUCUUGCCCAAAGUGAUCCAGUACGCCCAGUACGUCCUCCUGGUGCUCGGCGGCCUCCUGCUUCUCAUCCCCGCCAUCAUCCUCCUCCGGACCCAAGACCCUAACAGUGCUGUGAGCCGAGCCAGCCUGGCAGCCCCUCCUGACGGGCCCCCCGGCCCUCAGACCCCACUUCUUCAGGACUCUCUCCGAGGACAGCCCAGACAGCCCGAGUUCUGAAACGCCCUGGCCAGCCGGGCACAUUCACUCAGGGAUGGAGCUGCAGCCAAGAAGGCCCUGCCAGAGGCCCUUCUAGAACCUUGUCAGGUCACUCAGUAACCCGUGUGCAGGUGCCGUGGGAACUGGAACCCCACACCCCGCAGCUGUGGACUCAGAUCCAGGUAUCUCAGGCUAGCCCCACCAAACUGCCAUCAGCAAGCCCCCUACCCUUCUUGGCUGAGCCCCGAAGACAGACGCCCGGUCAGCCACCUGGGCCAGGGGCAGGACCUGGGUUUGCUGCACUCGCAUGACAGAACCCGAGCUUGGUUCCAGCACAUGGUGGGCUCCAGGGAG